GCUUCCCCUUAGUCUGUUCUGACGAAUAUAUUCUGCGACAACUCAAGUUAUUCAUAUGAGGUUAGCCAGCGAGCUAACCCGUUUUUCGUUAUAUUGUGUAUAUGCAGCGCUUGAAUCUAGACGGGAUCCUCAUCUAAAAUAGGCCGCAGGAUGAUUGCCACGGAGAGGGAAGCUGCGCACGCAGAACCAAGCAGUAAGAACAAGGAGACUGAAAAGAAGAAGAGGUCCCGUGUGAAACAGCUGCUGGGUGAUGUGAGGAGGCAGGUGGACUUCUGGUUUGGAGAUGUCAAUCUUCAUAAGGACCGUUUUCUUAAAAAAAUCAUUGAUGAGUCGGAUGAUGGAUAUGUUGAUAUAUUUAUGUUGGCAAGCUUCAAUCGAAUGAAGAUUCUGACGAGUGACACCAAGCUGAUUGCCAGAGCGCUGAAAAAUUCUACUGUCGUUGAGGUUAACUUAGAGGGAGAUAAAGUUAGGCGUCAGUUUCCGAUUGGAGACGUACCAAAUGAUGUUGACGAUCGCACAGUCUAUGUGGAACUCUUGCCCAAAGACGUGACGCACAGCUGGAUAGAGAGAGUGUUCACAACUUGCGGGAAUGUGGUUUACGUCAGCAUCCCGAGAUACAAGACCAGUAACGACCCCAAGGGCUUUGCCUUCGUAGAGUUUGAGACGGGGGAACAAGCACAGAAGGCCAUCGAGAUGCUGAACAACCCCCCCGAAGAUGCUCCCAGGAAGCCAGGGAUUUUCCCCAAGACGAAAAGUGGGAAGUCCUUCCCUCUGCCAGCCGACAAUCCAUCAGGUGAGGAAGACGAGAAGAAAAAGAGAAAGAGAAAGAAAAAGAAAGAAGGUGCCGCAGUACAUACACUUGCUGAAGACUCCAGAGAGAAAGAGAGGGACGAAGAACCGUCGGCGCCGAAGAGGAAACGCACGGAAACGGGGGAUUUUGAAUCGGAUGUCGGCGCCACUCGGAAGACACCUGAAAAACUGUCGGAGAAAAAAAGACGUCGGUCCCAGACGGCAGAGGACUCCGACAGUGACGUGCCGUCUAAGAUGAGGAGGACGAGUGAAAGUGAAGCUGGAGAGAAGGAGAAAGAUUUAACUAAGCCUAAUACACCCACUAAAAGUGACACGGAGAGAGGCGUUGAAGAAGGGAAAGAAAACCGAGAUGAUUCAGCAGUUAAAGCAAAGAGGAAGAGAAAUAAGAAACACAAGGAAAAGCUGAAAAUAGGGGAAGAAGUCAUCCCACUGCGGGUUCUGUCCAAGAAAGAGUGGCUGGAGUUGAAGGACGAGUAUCUGACCUUGCAGAAGGUCAGCAUGACGUCCUUGAAGAGGUGCAUCAAUAAGAUCGAUCACAAGGAGCACAAGAGUCCAGUGGAGAAAAACAACGAUGCUCAAGAAGGUAACGUUGAGAAGAGCGAGAAGGGUGAGAAGGGUGAGAAGGGUGAGAAGAGUGAGAAGAGUGAGAAGGGUGAGAAGAGUGAGAAAGAGAUUGCCCAAGGCCCUCAGUUUACCAGUGGCGUCAUCAUGAAGAUCACAGACAACAAGCCGCUGCCAGGGAGGAAGUUCAUCAAGGAUGCUCUGUCCAAAAUAUCCCCGGUAGCUUACAUUGACACCUUGGACGGCGAUGCUGAGGGUUUCAUCCGCUUCCACACCCCGGAAGAUGCUAAGACCGUCAGUGAGGCGAGAGCAGAGCUACAGAAAGAGCACAGCUGGAAGGUCGAGAUUCUCGCAGGGGACCAUGAACAACGGUACUGGCAGAAGAUCCUCGUGGACCGCCAAGUCAAGCUCAAUCGUCCGAGGGAAAAGAAGAGGGGCACGGAGAAGCUCAUAUCCAAAGCCGAAAAAAUCAUCCUGGCCCGGGCCAAGGAGGCCCAUAAGCACAUCCGUUUCCAAGAAGACUGACAGCUGCCGACGCUGGUUUCUGACGACCGUACAUGUUUACCGAUGUGGACUUUACGUAAUGUGAUUUGAAGCGUUGACGUUGAAUGGGAAACCUCAACAAGUGAAACCAGUUAAAAAUGUCCCCUUAUUUUGUGUUUGCACUGGAGUUUGGCAAACUUUUCUUUUUCUUUUUAUUUGAUAGCUUUUUUUUUAAAACAGUCUGUGUGUGAUGUAGAUAUGACUGUUUUAAAGGUUCUCCCAGUAAAGACGUGUCCAAGUCAUGCAUUUCCUUUUGAGGAUAUUUGCCUGUUUUGUUUUUUUUAAUAAAAAACAUAAUUCUUUGAUUAUCAUAGCA